UCGGCUAGGCUAGGCUAGCUGUUUGGAGCCUGUGAGAUGUCCCCCGUGUAUCAGAAGCGAGCUGAGCUUCCUGUAUCUCCAGGGAAAUCUCAAUAAUGGAAAGGAGCGCGAGCUGUUUCUGUACCUGUCCUGCAGCACUUCCGCUUGUUUCUUCCUCUGAAGCUAGCCUGAAGCUAACCUGUUAGCCUGCGCGCGACUCCACUGCAGCUGUACAAACACUGACCCCAAAAUGGUGUACUUGUUAAACCCUCUGGAGAAUCUGAAGACCUACAUUAGUAACCGUCCACCACUGGUCAUAUUUAUGGUCAGUGUAAGCGCCGUGGCCAUUACAUUCCUCACAGUCGGAUAUUUCUUCAAGAUCAAGGAAAUUAAAUCGCCUGAAAUGACCGAGGACUGGAACACGUUUCUACUCCGUUUUAACGAGUUAGACUUCUGCAUCUCGGAGAACGAGACACUCAAGCACGGCCUGAACGAGUCGACGACGCCAGAGAGCACCGUGACGAGCAGCCAAUCGCGCACCAGCACUCAAGCGCCAUUAUUGCUGGAAGACCCAGGCCCUAUUAACAUCUCGGUCACCAUUACGCUCACCCUGGAUCCUCUGAAACCAUUCGGCGGUUACUCGCGCAACAUCACCCACCUGUACUCCACUGUGAUGGGCCAUCAGGUUGGUCUGGCUGGCAGAGAAGCUCACGAAGAGAUGAACAUCACUUUCACUCUGCCUGCAUCCUGGAACUCGGACGACUGCGUUCUGCACGGUCGUUGCGAGCAGGUGGUCUUUAGCACCUGCAUGACCGUCACUGCAGCAAGUAACGUCUUCCCUGUUACAGUGCAGCCACCUCACUGUAUUCCAGAGACGUACAGCAACGCAACAUCCUGGUACAAGAUCUUCACCACAGCACGGGACUCGGACACCAAAUACACCCAGGACUACAACCCUUUUUGGUGUUACAAAGGUGCCGUUGGGAAGGUGUACCACACUUUGAACCCUAAGCUCACCGUCAUCGUACCAGAAGACGAUCGCUCCCUCAUCAACCUGCACCUAAUGCACACCAGUUACUUUCUGUUUGUGAUGGUGAUUACAAUGUUCUGCUAUGCAGUCAUUAAGGGUAGACCUGGCAAAGUAAGACAGAACAACCCAGAAUUCUGUCCAGAGAAGGUGGCCUUGUCGGAGGGAUAAGAACGAUCGUGGGUGAAUACAUGGCCUGAACUCGUUCAGCGUCAGACUGAAGAAUCUGGAACAAACCUUACUUAAAAUGGAGGACGGGGAAGUGGGAAAAAACUCGUCACCUCUUGAACCCAGGAGGAAGGUGACGACAAACUAUGAUGUGAAUCUCUGCAAUGUUGGGUCACUCCAACCAAAGACUUUCAAGUGCCUGUAUCUACUGUGUAAAUGCUUGUAGGACCCUUAUAUUCAGUACGGAAGCACUUUGCCUAAACCCCGCCCCCACCUUUCCCUAACGUGCCACAAAAUAUGUGAAGAAAAGAUACAGAACUUGUGUAUCAUCAUUCAGACAUCACAUUUGAUCUUUCUUUUUUUUUCUUCUUCUUCUUCUUCCCAGCACUUUUUUUUUGUCACUUUCACACUAUCCCAUUCUCUUGUCCCUAACAUCUAUGAUAAUUGUCCACUGAAGAUCGUGACUUUUUUUUGUUUUUCUUUUUUGAAGCUUGUAUAGUGGCACAAUCAGAUUUCGAAUGGUCUGGAAAGCCAGCAAACUGCUCGGCGAUGAUUGAUUGAUUUGAUUUAUAAAUCAACAUUUUAUUAUUGUACAUUUAAAGUGUGUAUGCGUGCUAGAUGCCAGUAGGUGCAAAAGUCAUUAAAUAAAAGAGGGGGAAAAAAGCAUCCAAGACCUGAAAAAGAGAAGACUUUUUUUUUUUUUUCUUCUUUCGGAUUUGGUUGGAUGAUGCGCUGCUCGUUACUGAAACGGAAAGAGCAGUCGUCGUUCUUGGGUUCACCGAUUAGGACUGGUUCAUCCCCUUUCACGUUUUCACAUUGGUUCACAUGCAGGUUGACUGAAUGUACAGCAUCCAUGAAAAUCACAAAUCCAGUUAGUCUUAAAAUGUGAUGUAAAAAAUGACUUAGUUUGAUCAUAUGUAAUCUAUUACCUCAAACAUUAUUGCUUCCUUUUUUUUUUUUGGACAUGAACUAGCUUGGGGGGGUCUUCUUCUUCUUCUUCUCUUAUUAUUAUUAUUAUAAAUGCAUUACUCAUUCAUUCCUGUUGUCCAUUUUUGCAUUACAUAUACUUUUUUUUUUUAAUCUGCUGCCUCAUUCCACACACACAAUGUGUUAUCAUUCUGUAAGACAUCAUCUCUGUUUGUUCGUAUUCGACAGUGCAAUGAUGACGUCGUCAUCAUCUGUUUAGAGAGAGGAAGUUUCACAAGUGUGAUGGUUUCAGGUUCUCUUCACCUGUUCUCGCAGUAGAUUGCCUUAAUGUCUGUCAAUUUUCCUUUUGUGUCAGGACUGAGGCUGAACUUUUGCUUUUGCAGAUGGUUUUUGACUUUCGGAAGCUCUAGUGCGGUGGCCUGUAAGUGUAAAACACGCUUAAAAACAGAAAAAUGCAACAGCAAAGCCAAUAACGUCAACAAAUCAAACAUAUCCUCGCUACAGAUUGGCUUGUCUACUGAUACUUUUAUUUGUUUUUAAUUUGAUCAAGCACUUGUGUGGGUGGUUUUUUUUUGGGGGGGUAUGUGCAUUAACGAGUAUGCUCAAAACUUGCCUAAAGGAAGCAGCUGUUUUUCCGAAGACUGAAUUAUUCUUCAGUAUAAUAACAUGAGUAACUUAAGACGUAAUAAUAUAAGACUACCUGGAUAACAGUUUGAAAAAAAUGCAAUCCUUUUUAAAAAUUUUCUUUCCUUAAUGGAAACCGGUAUACGCGGUGUCCAAUCAGGAACAAGCAGUUGUUGAGUUCAUGUUGACGGUUGUGUGUGUGUGUUUUUUUUUUUUUUUUUUUUUUUUUGUGCACUUAUUUUUGCAUCAAUAACAAAACCACCCAUGCUGUCAAACCACUAACGUGCCUUUGCACCAAUCAUCCGUGUAAAUAGCAUGCUCACUUCAAACCAACACCAGAAUUGAACUGUCGCUAAAUUGUUUUAAUGUGUUUUCAUCUUUCACCAUAAUUUAGUGUUGGGUUAGGGUCCCCCCCCCCUCCCCGAAAACCAAACACCAGUUCACUAGUUUAGUUAAGAUUCAUUACACUAUACAGUGGAUGUUUUAAGAAAAGCAAUACUUUAUAUUCAAUUUUUUUUUAAAUGUUAUCUAAAUACUUUUUUUUUUUUUUUUUUUUUUUUUGAUGACAGUUUUAUGGAAACCGGAGUUUUUCCUUUGAAUUAUGUUUAAUGCUAAUCCAAAAAAAAAAAAAGUAGGAUGGAUUACAACCCCAAUUCCAUAAAUUUGGGGCACUGUAAAAUGUAAAUAAAAAGCAGAAUAUGACUAUUUGCAAAUCAUGAAAACCCUAUACUUAAUUGAAAAUAGCACAAAGAAGAAAACAUAUCAAAUGUUGAAACCUGAGAAAUUUUGUGUUUUGAAAAACAUGUAUACGUUUAUUUUUUAAUUUGACGUCGGCAACCCGUUUCAGAAAAGUUAGGACAGGGGCAUGUUUACCACGGUGUUGCAUCACCUCUACUUUUAACAACACUGUAAAUGUUGGGGAACUAAGGAGACCGAUCGCUGUAGUUUUGAAAGAGAUAUGUUGUCCCAUUCUUGCCUGAUAUAGAAUUUCAGUUGCUAAACAGUUCAGGGUCUCCUUUGUCGUAUUUUGUGCUUCAUAACACACCAAAUGUUUUAAAUGGGAGACAGGUGUGGACGGCAGACAGGCCAGUUUAGCACCCGGACUCUUUUUACUAUAGAGCCAUGCCGUUUUCCCGGAAAAAGAUUUUGUCUAGAUGGCAGCAUAUUGCUCUGAAACGUGUGUAUAUCAUUCAGUUCUACACAGUGUCCCAAAUUUAUGGAAUUGGGGUUGUAGAAAAGCCAAAAAAAAAAGUGGAGGAUAAAAUUCUAAAGAUUUUGUUGGAUAUCUUGUUGUAGCAAUGGAAAGGUGUAGUGAAUUUUCUGAAUACUGCCUGUGGGGUUUUUUUUUUUUUUUUUUGAUCAUAUUGAUCUGUUCCCUUGUUUUUCUUUGAGUGAAAAUGUAUUCGUUACACAAUUCUCUAGUUUCAGUUCUAUCUUGAUGCUCGUCACAAGCGUGUGAUGCCGUUGCAAUCCUUUCAGGUGUCUUAAUGCAUGAUUGUAAAUGUCCUACCUGCUGACCAGUCCCUGAGAAGACAAUCCCAUUGUUUCUGUGCUGUUUGUAAAUGACUGUAGGCGCACGCUUCGCUGAAUAAAAUCAA